AUGGAUCCUUCAUCUGGGGGAGAACAAGAAUUUUGUUACUGUAUUAAAAUGCCCAGUAAUGAAGGAGUUGAUAUCCAGAAUUUCAAUGUUAAAAUUGAUACUUCCUGGAUUUUCCAGGAAUUAGAAGAUGCAAGCAUACCUGAUGAAAAAGUAAACAGUGCUGGAAAAGAGAAUUUGAACCUCAGAGUAAAAGAGCUGGAAAAAUCGGAGCAAAAACUGAAAGGUGAUCUAGAAGACUAUGUGGAGUCAGAUUCUGUCCUAAGAAAUAGGGAAACUGCGAGACAUUCGGGAGGACCUGAUCAACUUGGGGGUUCAUACAAGGAGCUGACAGAUGACGGGUAUGCUGAAGGCAAAGGGCAAAACCUGGGUCUCUGGAAAGUUGAAAACCAAGAAAAGUCAGAGAAGAAGCAAAAGGAAAAAUUACAUUGGCUUCAGGAGCAGCUAAAGACAAAAGAAGAUGAAAUAAAAAGCCAGUCAGAGUAUUUUGAGCACUACAAACAAAGGCAGAGACAACAGACAGCAGUGCUGAGAGAAAGGGAAUGUUACCUUCGAAAUGAGGUAUCUAGGCUGGAAAAGCAAGUCCUCGAUCUUAGUGCCCAUAUUGCUCUUUUGACAUCCACGUUAGAAGAGGGAAUGGUGCAGUAUUUCCAGCAGAAGCUGGAAUCAGCAUCCAUUGGGACUCAAGGCUAUAAACACUCUGAUGUGGAAGUAAUGGAAUUGAAAACUUGCAUUGAAAAUGUGGAGUGUGACAUGAAAAGCCACCUCAAGGCCUUUCAGCAAAAUCUGAAGUUCUUAAGAGAAAAAGAGGAGGACAACAGAAGACAACAGGCAGACCUGCUGACUGAACUCCAGUGCUCUCAGGACACUGAAGACUUUCUCAGAAGAAAAUUGGAAGAAUCUUGCCAUCAUGUUUAUAGUCUGAAAUUAUCUGAAAUCAAACUACAGGAAAAAAUGGAAGAGCUUUUGGAUGAAAAUAGGGCUUUAAAAGAUCAAGGUAGGGUGACAUUGAAAAAUAAGAAAGAAAAGGACUCACAACUUACAAGAUUGGAGAAUGAAGAUGACAGUGUUGACCUGAAUGGAGAUCUAACCCAGGAAGACGUUCAAAAUCUGAAAUGGGGAGCAGUCUUGGAUUCACUCAGAAGCAGAGCUACUGAAACUCCAGUUGUGCUGCUACAUGCUAAAGAGUCUGAAACACCAGGAUGUAGCUGUGAUGGGCUAAAGCAGAUGGAGGAGCAAGCAGAACUUCUACCAGUUUUGGAACACAAUUCCAGUGCCUUUGCAAAAGUUGCUGGUCUAGCUGAGAUUGAGCAGGUUACCCUUGGAACAAAGACAGCAGGUACUCUAGAAGAUAGUUUCACAUUGUUCAGAUGUACCCCAAGUUAUUGUGCAGUAAGACUGCUUCCCCCUUGCUCUGAGAAGUUAACUAACAAUGAGACAAGUAAGGGAACCAAAGAUGAAGAAAACUUUUCUCUCUUGAAGGAACAAGCUAUAAAUCUACCAGCAAAGAUGUUCCCUGUUUCUGUGGUUGAAGCUUUGAUGAGGAAGAAGCUCCAACUUACCUUGUUAGAACCUGAAAGCUACCACAUAUCAGCUGUCACCACUGUGAAAAAAGUGAGGGGUUUUGAUUUCUGUGAGGCAAAUAUCAAUCUUUGCUCUGAUGGCCUCUGCCUUGUUGCAGAAGGAGGAUUUUCUGACAAAGCUUCUGCACUUCUUCAUGGAAAGAUGCCUUGCACUGUGACUGAAAUUUUCACAUUAUCUCCAGAAAAAUACAACGUGGAAAAACAUUGGGAAAACAAGCAAAUUCUGCCAGAAAGCAUAAGUGAAAACAAAUGUCUGGAUAAAAUUGUUGAUGAUGGAAAGUAUCAUAAAAAAAUCUAUAGAGGGAGAGCUAAAGGAGAAGAAAUACAGAAUGAGAAAGUCCAACCACAACAGGUGACCUGUGUUCCUGAGGAAAUUUCUAAAGUUUUAUUUAAACCUGAAUUGAUCAGGCCUGGGAAGCAAGGAAUGGAAGCCAAAGACAGCCUUGGUAGCCCACAGGAUGUCCCAAUUUUAUCUGUUGAUUUUAAAGACUUAAAGAAGCAUUUUAAAGGGAGCCCUAAACUAAUGGAGAAACAAGGAAACCUCUCAGAAAUCUACACCUCUGAUGUGAAUAGGGUAUAUAAUGGAGAAGACAUAAUCAAAAUGGAGGAGAAAGGAGAGCAACCUCAGAAACCAACUCACCAAACAAACCCUUCCAGCAACGCUGGCCUGAAAGAAAAGAAAGAACAGACCCUGAAACUAUGUGAACCAAAUAAGAAUUUCUCAUGUCAAAAAAUAGCUGCUGAAAACAUGCAACAUGCAUACUCUCAGAAAUUUUUUUGUUCAGAGGAAGAGAGGUAUCCGGUAAACAUAUUGUCUCCUAUGCAGGAGAGGGCUGUGUGCUUAAGCAAACUGUUCCUGCCAGGCAGCAAUUUUUAUGAGAGUUUCUGUCAUCUGUCACCACUGGAAACUGGUAAUGAAUGUAAUGUGAAGACACAUGCACUGGAAAAAGUGGUGGCAGCGUGUUCUCAGAAGAUAUUUCUACUGUUGCAAGAGAAUGAGAAUUACUCAAAAAAAGUCUGUAUAUUACAACAGGAGAAUGAGAGAUAUGCUCAGAUAAUGUGUGCACUGGAAGAGGAGAUGGAUGCAUAUUUUCAAUACAUUUUAGCAAUAGAUGAAGCUAACACUGUUUCAUUCCAAAACUUACUUAAUGAGAAAGAAAUAGCUGGUGGAUGUUAUAAUAACUUAUCAGAAGAAAACACCAUGAGGCCAGGAACACUUUUUGUUGAAAACUUCUCUAAGAACCUCUCAUGUGUUGAAAAGAAAAAUUGGUAUUCUGAAAAAGACUCAUUGACAAUUGCAUCAAAUAAAUUUCCCAGGAGUGUUUUAUCCCUGGAUGGAAGGAAAAUGAAAUAUUUCCAGCUGCUUUCUGACCUGAAAGAAGAAAGAAGCAGAUGCUUCAAAGAAAUAGCUAAAUUAUUACAAGACAAGGAGAACUAUGUAGCAAAAUAUAAUGAAUUAAUACAAGAGAGAGAGGGAAAUUUAGAAAGAAUAUCUCUUUUAGAAGGUGAAAAAGAAACUUUAUUGGGAUGUUUGGCACAGGUAAAGUGUGAACAAGACAAAUACAGGACCUUGGUUUCAGAACUUCAAGAGUGCAAAACCAGCUGUUUUCAAACUAUUUCUGAUUUACAGGAGGAACAAUGUGCACUGGAAAGAGAAAUAGACAGAGUCAAGAAAGAAACUUCAGAACAGCUUGAUGAAUUUCAGAAAGCAAAUGCAAACUUUAUUUUAGAAAAUAACAAAUUAAAAGAAUUAAUGUCUUCUUUGGGUUUCACCUAUGAAGAGCUGACAAAAGAUAAAAGUUUGGGAACAAAGGAAAAGAUAGUAGUAAAACUAAAAGAAAAAAGUCAACAACAUGGUCUUAAGCCAAAGAAAGUUGAAACAGCAUGUAGUGUAACUCAGACUGAAGAAGAAGGAGUUCUGGUUAUAGACCCCUCGAACUAUUUCCCUGGAAAAGAGGGCAGCAUGCCUGAAAGCUACAGUGUGAUGAAAAAGCAAGUCGAAAAGGCAAAAGAGGAACAAAAAAUACAGCAAAAGGAAUUAGAAAAGACAAAAAAAGAGGCUCAGAAGUGGUACAGAGAACUUGGCUUUGCUGAAACAAGAUACGAAGAAAUCAAAACUCGUUUGACGCAGGCUCUCUCAGAAUUAGACCAUCUUAAACAAGAAGUUGGGGACAAAAUGCUUGGAAAGCAGUACUGCAAAUUAAUGCCUCUGUACACUGUGAAAGAUGCCCAGGAAAUAGAGGAGAAUAAAAUAGACAAUAAGAGAUUACAGCAGCACGUGCUGACCUUGAAAGCCAAGCUCAGGGACCAGGCUGCAUUGCAAAAUCAGUUUCAUGACUUGCAGAAUGAAGUGGAACUCCUUCAGGCUCAGCUAUGUGAAAAGGAAAAAGAACUUCAGAAGAGAAAGUCUGAAGCGAAGUUGAUGCUAGCUCCUCUGAAGGCUAAGCUGGCUUGCCUUACCCGAAAGUGCCAGGAAAGGAACAGCUUCAUUACAAGGAUGCAUGGUGAAUUUCACAGGCGAGGAAUUAUUAACUCUGCAUUUGAUGAAGAGGUGAAAAACUUGGUGAAUGACCUGGUCCUGGCAGAGUACACAGUCACUUUUACACCAAUGUGUGAUCAAGAGAUGCUGCCUUCUUCCACAGAUAUUUCACAGGCCAAUGGACAGCCAGAGGAUCAUGAGAUAUAUGUCAAAGUGAAUGGGAUGACUGGGUCAAUACCUGCAAACUCUCAGCAAAAGGUGGAUAGCAUCCACACUUCUCGCAUCACUCCAAAUGUGUUUGCUGGUUCUCCUGUAAAAUUAACAAGCCCGGAGAGGAUCAUAGCCUUGCAUCGAGAACUAAGACAAAACCAUCGUAAAAAUUGCCAGAUACCUUCAGUUGUCUCCUCCAACUCAAAUGCAAAGGCUGACUGCAACCUGCCGAUGAUCCACGAGGAAGCCCCUUGGCCUCUGCUGUCAAGGGUGAAGGAUGCAGUGGUGCCUCCGGAGCGCAGUGCUUUCUGGGCCACGAAGGGGAGGGAUCGGUUGUCGAAAUGUGAUGAUGUAUUUUGGGGUCAAAUAGGAAAUCAGCAUGCAGGUGCUAUUCCCCAGGGAAUGAAACAGAAAAAUGCCAUUAUGAAUAAGGCAUGGCUCUCUAGAGAAAAAACAGAUGGCUCAACCUCAGCUACCACAGCAAAAAGCCAUUUGUCAGACGUGUUGUCAGCAAGUAAUAAAGGUCGAAAUCCUGUGGGGAGAAAUCAGCUGCACGGGAAAGAAUAAAACCUGCAAAAAUAAAACAAGGGAUGAGUUUGCCUGUUGGUUUGGUCUACAUUGUUAAACAGUGGGGAGAGGCAGCCUGGUGGUUGGUUCAGAGAGAUGAUGAUGAAUUAAGAUGUUGCAAUAUGACUUUCAUCACAGAAUACAAGGGAAGAAUGUAUCAGUCACACAGAAGAAGCAGUACUGCUCUGAAGGAAUGAUGAAAGGUGCUUUGACCUGGUGGUGACUGCAGCUGCUUCAUUAUGGGAAAAACUGAGAAGUUGUCCUGAGUUACUAUCUAAUACGUUUAGCCACCUCCUGUAGUGGAAGCUGGCCACGCGGGCCAACCCAGUGUGUGGUUUGAGUUUUCAUUCUGUUUUGUUUUCUUGGGAUCUCAGCAUUUGCAUUUUAAGGAAAUUAUCAAGUUAAGCACAGAUCUCAGUCUUCAUGGGUCUGCUUGUGUGGGCAUGUAAUAUAUCUUCAGCCUCAUAUGGCUUUGAGCAUUCCUGAAAGAGCCUUUGAUCUGAGUUAGGAUGGUUAGUAUUUCUGAGGACAUGGUACUUGAGGGUACAAACUGUUUAGGAAAUGAGACAGAACUGCAUUUUUACAAGGGUAAGUAGGAAUUGGGAAUGUACUUCAUGUGCACUGAGAGGCACUUGGCACAUCAAAGCGCCAUGUCCUAAUACUCUAGAUGGAUUAUUUCAACCACAUGAAUAGGCCACACUGAAUUUAACUUUCAGAUAAGGCAUUCGCAUGCAUACAUGCUUUUCCUGAAAUAGGUGGUUUUGUGCACACUGGUUAGUAAUAGUACACGUGAUGCGAACACAUUUUGCAACCACACUGCACAAUACAGAUUUAUCCACCCAUAACCCCUACUAUUCAUGUCUGAGUACCCAUUUGUGAAGGCAGGGAGAUAUGAAUGCAGGCAUGAGAUUUGUGCAUAAGGGAUCAUAUGGUUCCAUCCAUUCCUUCUUUAACUAAAAGCACACAGCACUGUUGAAGUCAGUGGCAAUACUUGUGUUGACCUGAAUGAGAGCAGCCGUGGGUACUGCUCUCUCAAACUAUCCUUUACAGUGUAAUGCACUUUCAGUUUUGAUAACUGUUUUAUGACACGCAUUUCUUUUUUUUUUUUUUUUUAACAUUGAACUAACUGCUAGAAUGUGCUGUCUUUACAAUGCUUACUCGCCCAGUAAUUCCAGAUAUCCUUUGAAAAGAUGCAGAAGGAUAAUAAACUGUGGAAUCCCAGAUCAGAUUAAUGUAAUGUGCAUUUCUAGAUUAUGAUUAGUAACAAGAUGACACGUUGGCAUGGUAACACUUGAAGCUUAACUGCAAGUUCUUAAAAUAAAGCAAUGACAUAUGUAUAGGUUUCUAUCCAUUUGCAUACUCUCCACCUGAAAACAUACAUCAUUUCCAGAACAGUCAGGCAAUUUAACCUUCCUUCUUACUUUUGAAUUAAGUGUUGAACUAAAACAUCAUGCCUCUCUCCCAGUUUUUAUGCGUCAUCUCCAACCGUAAAUUACAAAUGUUGAUAAUGGACCUGUCCAUUUUAUAACAUCUUAGGCUUUCUGUCUUUUGGUUUCAUUUUAAAACGAUUAGCAUAAGGAAUGUAGGACAUGCUUCAUUCUUUGUGGUUUGUACCAGAUUGAUCUCCUUUAAAUUCUGCCACCUCCUAAUAUGAAAAUUGUUUCACUGAUAUUGGAAAAGUCUGUUUAUUAAUUAAAUUGAUAGAUCAGUGGGUGCAUUUCAUGUGGCUGAGGAUUAGGAAUUAAAAUCCCAACUUUACCUCAAAUUAUCGUAAGAAAGCAGUACAAUUUUUAAUGUGAGACUAGUAGCUGAGACAGAGAGCCUAGCUAUUAUUUUCUAGUUGCCUUACGGUGAAGAGAAAGGUGUUGUCUAGUUGUUACAGAGUCUGUUUGGCUUUCUUUCACUAAGCAGAAGUUAACUUGUUUAAUGUGCUAUCUGUGGUAAAUGUGCCAGGGGAUGCUUUACGUGUAUCUCUGUUUUGUGUCAAACUUUCUCAGAAUGCAAAAUAGGGCACUUUGUUCUGAUUGCUUUAUAUGCACAAUAUUGCUUUGACCAAAUUCCUUACAGUCAAAAUUGAGAUGCUGCUAAGUUCUGCGUAAGUAAAUACAAUUUUCUUCUGUCACCCUAAAUAGACAAAAUGGGCAAUGUUACAUGGAAAAUAUGAUUUCUUUGACAGUUCACUUAUUUAUGUAUACUCUACUGUAUAAAUCAUCGCAGGAUAUUGAAAAUAUAGCUUACAGUAUUUCCACAGCCCCUUACACAACCUUUAAAUCCUGAAUUCUGUUCUUCACACCACUACGGAUGGCAGAUGCUGGAAGUACAAUGAUUGACUCCGGCAUGAUAAUCAUGUUACAUUCAGAAUAAUACAAUUGCCAGGAAAUAUUUCACAUACACAGCAGAGUUCCCAGGAUAAACCUCCUGCUAAGGCAUGGCUGAUGUUUGUCCUUGUGGCCUUUUAACAAGUGGAAACCCUGAUCUGUGUUUCGUAAAUCUACCUGUAUUUCUCACUUGCAGAUGAAGGAUUUUAUUAUUUGAAUUUACUGUGGUUGUGGGGUGGAGGGAGGGAGGGAGGGAGGGACAUGUGCAUGCUGGGUUUUGCCACUAAUCCUUUGGAAAUCCUUUAGUGCCUUAAGGAGGCAGAGGGGGAACAGACCUUAGGAUUACAGAAACUUGUUCAAACCUCUUUCCUGCUUUAGCAGAAUUCCUUUAAAAUAUAUUGUGCCUUUGGCUCCAAACAUAUUUGCAUUAGAAAUCAGUAGCCAUGGGAUUAUGGACAGGAAUUUUUGUCCCCGCACAAAUGUUGGGAAAGAGAGUAUACUGUUUCUUAUAUAGGAUGUGAAUUAAAAAUAUAGCUAACUUAAGUUCUACCAUUGGGAUCCAUGCAUACUAGGAAAGUUGCAAGUUGCAGGUAAAGCCAAAAAAAAAAAAAAAAAAAAAAAAAGAAAAGAAAAGAAAAAAGGAGAAAAUUUAAAUGUACUGGAUGAAAUGAUUGUACCACUGAAGUGACUGGCAAAUUUCCACUGGCUUCCCUGGGACCAAGAUUUCAUGCUUGCUUCUACUUGGCUUAAGAAAUGCUCACAUAUGAUAGAUACUUAAGCAUUGUGCUCUCUUUAACAUUGUCUAUGCACACAGAAGAGGAAAAGAGAGAUUAGUAGUUGUGGAGACCUGCCUUGAUUUGGAGUUGAUGGGAUCUGUGGUAUAAAUCUCUGGUCACUAUUGUUUCUCUAUGUAACAUAGACUCUUGCUAUGGGAAUAUGAAUAUGCAAAUGUAAAUUCCAAUGUGAAAGGUUACUGCGCAGUGUGCACUAACCGAUGACCAAAACCUACAUUUCUCUACUCUCUGAAUUGUGGUCUUUUUUAAAAAGAGGGAAAAUGUAGUUAACAGGUGAAAACCACUCCUGUGCAAAAAAGGCCUGUGUGAGGCGAUUCAUGUACUCACUGAUGGUCCUAAACAGAUCUUAGGAAAAGUUGAAAAAGAUUUUAGUUCAUGAGUAAAUUUUAUCUUUUAGGAAUUAAGACCAAUUUGUUGGUAGAGAACUACAAAAAAAAAAAAAAAAGGGGGGGGGGAAAAAUGAAGGCCUGAAAAUCAGAGUGGUGGUGGUCUUCUAUUUUGCUCCCCGUGAUGACAAGCAAGUUUUAAAGAAUAUGUAAAUAGUUAAAAGAAAAUCAUUACAUGGCUCGCAGUAUGUAAGACAAGACCCAGCAUGGAACAGAUUUUUAUAGCUUGUUUAUAAAUUACACUUCUGUCUUUUGUUUGAAACUUGGAAAAAGAAACUGUGUAAAUUAAAUAAGGAGCUAAGACUUAAUGCACACAUUUGUUUGACUGAAACAAAGAUAUUUCCCCACCUCCUGAAGUAUUAAUGAGUAAUCUGGGAUCAACAACGUAUGGAGAUCUUGCCUUUUGAGUUCUAGUGCUGUGCAGCUAUUUAACUCUUUUGCACAGCCAACAGUGGGAUGGUGACCAGAAGUCAUGAAGAGCAGUUGUUUAGGGCCACAAAUUGGGAUCCAUUUAAAGAGGUGCCAAAGAAUGCACAAAAAGGCUGGGGUUUAUGGUGUGAUACUUAUUAAGCAGAUGUACCAGCUAGACUGGGGAGGGAGGGGUGUUUGUAAAUAAAUGCAAAAAAUGUAAACUCCAACCCAUGACCACCCUGUAACUGGGUGUCAAAUUGGUCUCGGCUAAGUGAGAAGUUUCAAUAGUAUGAGAGAAGCCAUUCUUGUUUUAAUCUGUUCCAUUAAAACCUUCUGGAUAACUUUUCAGCAAAGAUUUCCACUCUAAGACAUUUGUCAUGGAUAUCAACUGUACAUAUGUAUUAAUUUUCAGUGUAACUAAGGAGGACACAGAAUUGUAAUGAAGUCACAAAGUCUACUUGAUGAUUAUCACAGAUUUGUAACUCUCACUUAAAUUAUGUAAGAUAUGUUGACAUUUUAUCUUGUUAACAAGAUGUAUUUUUCUAUGUUAGUUAAAUGUAUAAUUUGUAUAAUUUUGUAUAUUAAAUGUAUGCAUAUUUUAAAUUAAAA